AUGAAGAUGUUACUAAGGUGCAAGGUGAAAAAGGCGUUGACGAUUAUCGAGAUCGUUCUCAUCUUUCUUCUCGCUUCUGCUCUUGCAAACAUUGAUGAUUCGGAACCUGACGUCGAGCAUAACCUGAUACGGUCUAAAAGAGAGAAGCUCUCCCCACAAGACGGAGGUCACUCGUUCAUGCACGAGUACCUGAAGGAGACGUUCCAGUUCGAGAUUGAGCCGGAUCCCCCCAUGAAAAGCAAGGAAUGGUUUGAGGGAUUGGAGGCAGCCUGGGAGAAAUUGAACGAGGAAUGGGAGCAAAAGCAGUUGCGACAACAGGAAACAGAUUCGGCAGGUCCAGAUGACCACGUAGAAGGCAGCUUCUUGGAUAAUCCUGUGAACGAGAUCCAGAACCCGGCAGAAAAGUUUUCGACUGGAGGUGCUGAUCCAUACAUGAAUAUUGGAAGGCUGUCUCAUCUCGCCAGGUUAAGGGGAGAUAAAAAUGCUUCCUUCUGCUAUCAAGGACUCCCAGAUGCUCCUGCGAAAUUCGACUUCGAGGGUAGAGGCAACUGGAGCGAAGAGAGAGACAAGAGGAGUGGGUGGACUCUCCUCGGUCAGGAAUAUUGGGGUGAGAACUUUGAGCUCGAAGGCACUAUGAAUGCAAACACAGAUCCGUGGUUCUGUGCGGAACAAGCCGACAACUCAGUGGGUCAAAUCUACCAAGGAGAGUGGGUCGAUAAGACUGUUGAAGAGCGUGUACAGAUGCAGCUCAAAAAAAUGGAAGAAAUGUACAAAAGAGAUGAAGGAAACAAGACGGAAGUCAACUACACAGGCUAUCAAGAUAGUCUGGAUCCGGAAUGGGACAAGUUUAUUUAUGAGCACAUCGACAGGCCAUUGUACAUGACAGAUCCCGUUCGAUUGAGCUCAGUGUUCGAAUCGGGGAACACGUGGGCUUUGAAUGACAGCUAUGUUGGAGAUGCUGAAUGGGACCCUGUCUUGCCAGAACGAGUCUGGACAAUGAAUUCCAAACACACACUCUCUCUAAACACAUUUCGAAGUGCAUCAGCUAUCCAGGAGGAAUUCUACGAAGAUGCCGGUUGGCUGGAACCAAAUGAGGAUAGGCAUCUUGAUGUCAAGAGCUCUCCAGAAGAUGACGACGGUGGUGAUGGCGACCUGCCCUACGGCUUCAUUCGUGUGCCACUGCCAUACAGACCACCCGUGGCCGGUGACAUGGGAUUUGGACGAUUGGGAAGGUGUAUACGAGGACUAUGCCCUCGUGCUCCCUAUGUCAGAGUCUCAAAGCUGCGCUUGAAUGCGUGA